CUGCCUUUCCCCUCCUACGCCCACGCCUUUGGAUGACUUUAGUUUUCAUCCUUAUUGCAUAAUGGCUGGUUCUUCGUCUAUCAAAGGUUCAGGAAUCCAAAGGAGCUUCAAGGGUCAUCUUGGCCGCCUCACUCCAGAACAGGAGAAGGCAUUUGUUACGUUCAAGGCCAAUUUAGAGAAAGCCGGUCUUUACACACCCCCGACAGAGGCGACAAAGGCGUCUCAUGACGACGCAACACUUCUACGCUUCUUGAGAGCACGCAGAUUUGACCCGGCCAAAGCCCAGAAACAAUUUUCGGACAGAAUUGCAUGGGAGAAGAAACACGAUGUCCAUAAUUUAUUCGCCAAUUUCCCUGCAGACGAAUUUGAGAGCUCGCGACGGUACUAUCCUAGAUGGACAGGACGACGAGACAGGGAGGGACUUCCUCUGUAUGUGUACAAACUGAGUGCACUGUCCAAUUCGAUACAAGAAGAAAUUACCUCAGUACCGCCACAGCGACGUUACGAACGAAUUGUCGUUUUGUACGAAGUAAUGAUACGCUUUGUUUCACCGCUAUGCACCUAUCUUCCUCACUCAAUAGAACCAACCCCGAUCGCCGCAGUGACGACAAUCAUUGACCUCGCUGGAGUGUCUGCACGCCAGAUGUGGUCUCUGCGCAGUCACUUACAGGAAGCAUCAGAACUCGCAAAUGCUAACUAUCCAGAAACACUCGGCACAGUCGUCGUCGUAAAUGCGCCGGGAUUCUUUUCAACUGUUUGGGGUUGGAUUAAGGGCUGGUUUGAUGAAAAUACACGAGAAAAGAUUCACGUCCUUGGCAGCCUUGCGGGUGCGGAAAGCGCGAGCAGCAAGGAGCUUACGUCCAUCAUAUCACCAUCCAACAUUCCUCGAGCCUAUGGUGGCGAGCUUGACUGGGACUUCUUUGAUGAGCCUUCGCUUGAUGACGAAGCCCGUCAGGUAAUUGGUCACCUCCCGAAAGGCCCAUGGAUCUUCGAGGACGGGAACGUCAAGCGUCCCAAAGAGUAUGCAGGAAGUGAAGUCCAGCACAAUGCGGCUGAGAGUGCUCCGUUGACUCCGUCAACUACUAUUGCGUCUGAUUCAGAGCAACCUGUCGUAAACGGAAACAUGAAGCAUGAAACUGUUCCUGUUGAGUCGACUGUGCCGAAUGGUACUGUUCCAACAAUUUAACGGGAGGAAUGUUGGGUUUCUUGUUGGCUGAAUCUGAAGAAGAGGUUUGAUCAGCCAUUCCAAUUGUAUUCUUGUGCAUUGUUGUUUUCGUAGAGUUUUUGAUACUUAUAAGACAUUGUGGAAAAGACAGCAUCAGCUUAGAUACUCAUUUGUACAGUAGUAUUCACCGUACAGCGAUUAAUGUGAUAUGAAGCUUCAGCAGGCUUUCGGCGCAAGGC